GGACGCGGGCGGCAACGGGAGCCUCUUUGCGGAGACGAUCCGCCUACGGGACCGGCAGGCGCUCGAGGUCGAUAUGGGCGUGAGCGGGAUGGCUCUGGCCAGCGACAAGGACGACGUGCGACCCGUCCUCCUCAUCGCGAGCCAGGCGUUCUGCCUGCAGGCCAUGAUCUUGUGGUACAUCUGGGCGACCCUUCUGCCACGGCCCAACUCAGACACGCCCAAGGACCUGCCGCUGCCCCUCGUGGUCGCCGCGAUCUACCUGCACUUUGUCAUGUGCGUGCGCGACCUGCCGCAGUCUAUGCUGUUGAUGCGGCACUUCAUGAGGGGCUGGAGCUUCGAGACGCUUGUCUUCGGGACGAUUUUCUGCAUCGACGCCCUUGUCGUACCUCUGGUCCAGCUGUUCGUUGGCGCCCUCUUCCUGUGCACCUCGAUGACGGUCGCAGAUGUCAUCUUGAACGCGUGCGCAGUGAACUUCAUAUCUACGAUUGACAAUACGAUCUUGGAGGUCUACCGUGCGCUCAACGAGUUGAUCGAGGACGAGGACGGCAGCGACCAGGGCAAGAUGAUCGAGUUGCACGUGCCAACGAAGCUGCUCAGGGUGAUCAACUGGACAGGUUGCAUAAUUCCGAUCGUCCCUGGCAUGUUCUCCAUGGCGAUGGCCCACGUCGGCCUGGACAUUUGGAAGCUCUGAGCGGUGAGGGUUCCACGCCCGCUGUCCUUUUUUUUCUUGUUCGACGUGGCAGUAGCCAGCUCCGCAGAGUCUGGCCAGGCGAGGGCCGAAGCGAGCACGGAUGUCGCGCGCAGCGCCCCAGCCAGAGCAAGCGGGGAAGGAGG